GUAUUAUUCCGUUCUUCUGCUCCGUGGUCUAUUAGUUUGACAGAAUCACAAGCUCCAAGUUCAUAUGAUGGCUUUAAAGAAAAACGAAAAUUAACCUAGCGAGCUUGGCCGAAAUUCGCUCGCGUAUCUGAAAUGUAUCUGGGGUCCUUUGAUUGCUUGGUGACGAACAGGCGGGGGCCGCAAGGCACAACGCAACGGUCAAUGGACACUCAGCUCGGAAUUCGCAGUCUAUUCUAUCCGAUGUCGUACAUUGAAUACGCAAUUAUCGGACAGGUCAGAUGUUGUCGGCAGGCAAGCAGGGCCGUCACUUCCGCUUCUCUUGUUAUACCUUCGUUCUCUAGUUAGAGCUGGCCUCUUAUAUUCGAACCACCGGCCAAUAUGACGGAGUGGAACGAUGCCACUAAAUAUAUGCGAAUUGCCGCGUUGUCCUGGUACAUCUAUGACUGGAUUUUGACUAUGCCUGCAGAGAUUCGACUCUACAGACGACAAUCUUCAAUUUUUCAUCUCAGUACAGCUUGCAUGUUGCUCAUUCUUGUGAGGUACUUGGGGCUCAUUGCCCUUGUCCUGAACUUGGUCGGCUUCUUCUCGCGUGGCUUCACGAUGGAAACCUGCGCACCGUAUUGGCGUGUCAUGCCUAUAACACAGUGCAUCGCAUCCUGGGCAAGUCAUGCGGUAUUUGUCGUCCGUACGCUUGCGAUAUGCAACAACGAGCUUGGACCCGCAGUUGCCCUAUCUGCUCUCGGUAUCAUAGUUUCCGGACUAGAGAUCUUCGCUCAGCUGUACUCGUUUAGGAAGUUCACGGCGGGAUCUUCAGGGAACUGCCUCAUUCAGUACAGCGACGAUGUCAACAUUAGCUGGGUGUACUAUAUGGUUUCAUUGGUCUUCGAUGCUGCAAUCCUUGUGAUGACCUAUCGAGGCCUUGCCAUCAGCUUUGCUAACAAGCAGAACUUGCGCUCGGGUUUCAGCGAUGUUCUGUGGCAUUCCUCCAUGCGAUAUUUCGGUGCCACCACCCUAUUUAACGCCCUUAAUCUGUCGCUCUAUGCGUAUUAUAAGAACUCCAGUAAUUCUACGAUACUCUGUGCCAUGGGGAUAGCUAUCACAAGUAUGAUGAGCUCCCGCGUCAUUCUCGACCUGCACAGUUAUGCCAACCGCCCUAUAAGCACAUUCCAACUCAGCGGCUUACCAACAAGCGAUCCAUCCCAGGAAUCUUCCGAUUUUUCGCAGACGCCUUCGUUUAGCACUCGUGCGGCACCAUCCAGCGCUACGCCGCGUAUGGCCUCGUUUCUACCUAUUGUAGAAGAUACCCGUAAGCACGAGCGUGGUAUCAAUAUGGCACCUUGGGAAACCCAUUGGCACGCCAAAACGGUGGCUUAGUUCCAUUUCGACGUUUGUUCCAGAAUUUUUUCUUCUUUUUUGCUAAGUUUCUCCAUUCGCUUACCGGAAAGUUUUCUGAUGAUGAUCACGGUGCAACUGGUUCCAGCAGCACGAGUUCCUUUUGAUCACAUUCUUCGUUAAUCAAUGGCUGGGCGUUGGUAGUUAUUGUAAGAAAUAUUGGACAGAAUGUGUGUAGCAGGGGGC